AUCAGAGUGUGUGUGGAGCCGAGCUGCUGCCAACAAUGGAGCCCUUCUCUGGACCUGGAGCCUUUUAUCAAUACACACACACACACACACACACACACACACACACACACACAUACUUUUACAGACCCUAAAAGGAGGGUGGUUGGGGUCCUGUGUAUGUGUGUAUUGAGGUGGAGGAAGUCGGUGUAUGUCGGUGUGUUUUGUGGGUGAAAUUGUGCGUAAGGAUAUGAAGAAUCCACUUAGUGCAGCGGGAUGGAUUUUAUGACUCUGUGAGCCCGUUUCAGGUCGUUUUUCCACCUCUGUGAGGACCGGUGUGUCACAGAGCACCUUGUGAUGGCGCUGGCGGAGGCUGCAGAGGAGAACCGGGUGCAGCUGGAGGAGGCGUUUGUGCGUCUGCGGAGCGCCACCCACCUGCUGGUUCUGCUGCUGUCGCUGUGGCAGGGCCUGACCCCCGAUCAGACCGCCAUCCUGGAGGCCACGCUGCUGCCACUGCUGCAGGACACACCACAGCUGGGUUGGGAGGAGAGCUGUGACGCCGCCGUCUCCCACCUCCUGAGGACCUGCCUCUCUCGGAGCCCGAAGGACCAGGCUACAUCUCUGGCUCAGACUGGAAGCCCCGUGCUGGGCCUCCCCCCAGACACCACCCGUCUCAAGAAGCACAUCACCCUGCUGUGUGAACGCAUCAGCAAAGGAGGCCGCCUCGCCCUCGCCUCUGAGGUCGCCAUCCAGGUCCCCGUCCAGGUCCAGAACCUGGCUGCUCCAGGUGGCGUGGAGCCCAUCACAGAGGCGGCCGGGGACGGGGAGGAGCUGGCGCUUCCUCAGGAGGCGACCAAGUUCAUCAAGAAGAAGCAGCCAUCAAAGAAAGUCAAGAAAGAUAAAGAGAAGAAGGAGGCGUCACCGGAGGCCACGGUCACAGAGGAAGCAGGAGGCGCAGAGGAACCCGUCAAGGAAGUGAAAAAGGAGAAGAAGGAGUCUUCCAAAGAGAAAAAGGAGUCGAAGAAAGAAUCCAGCAAAGAGCCAAAGGAGGAGGUGAAGAAGGAGUCCAAGAAGGAAUCCUCCUCGUCCUCUUCGAAGGAGAAGAAGGAGUCAUCCAAGGAGAAGAAGGAGAAGGACAAAGACAAGGAAGGGAAGGAGGCAAGCAAGGAGGCAGGGGACAAGAAAGUGUCCAGGAAAUCUUCUGUGAAAGUGAAAGAGAAGAAGAAGGAGCCGGAGGCCGGAGACGUCUGAGAGACAGGAGCGCAGCAGGGAGACACACACACACACGUUACACACUACACACACAUUACACAACACACACUACACACACAUUACACACACAUUACACAACACACACUACACACACAUUACACACACAUUACACAACACACACUACACACACAUUACACACACAUUACACAACACACACACACACAUUACACACACUACACACACAUUACACAACACACACGUUACACACACUACACACACAUUACACACACACAUUACACAACACACACACACAUUACACACACACACACACGUUACACACACUACACACACAUUACACACACACAUUACACAACACACACACACAUUACACACACCACAAACACACUACACACACACAUUACACAACACACACGUUACACACACUACACACACAUUACACACACACAUUACACAACACACACACACAUUACACACACACACACACGUUACACACACUACACACACAUUACACACACACAUUACACAACACACACACACAUUACACACACCACAAACACACUACACACACACAUUACACAACACACACGUUACAAACACUACACACACAUUACACACACUACACACACAUUACACACACUACACACACAUUACACAACACACACUACACACACUACACACACAUUACACACACUACACACACAUUACACAACACACACUACACACACUACACACACAUUACAAACACUACACACACAUUACACAACACACACGUUAAACACACUACACACACAUUACAAACACUACACACACAUUACACAACACACACGUUACACACACUACACACACAUUACACACUACACACACAUUACACACACUACACACACAUUACACACUACACACACAUUACACACUACACACACAUUACACAACACACGUUACACACACUACACACACAUUACACACACAUUACACACACAUUACACAACACACACGUUACACACACUACACAUACAUUACACAACACACACACACACACACACGUUACACACCACAAACACACUACACACACACAUUACAUUACACUACACACACGCACACACACUCACACUCACUCACACACACACACACACACACACACACACACACACACACAAAUACACACACAAGCAGUGAAACAUAUAUUUACAUGUAUAUUCAGUCAAGGCCAUAGAUCUCAGUAGCAAUUUCCUCCCAGACUCAUAUUUACAUCGUCUGGUAAUAGCUGAACUUCACA